AUGGCUUCCCAACCCCACUACGUCGCCAGUCUUCUCCGCGAGCGCUGCUGCCUCACCUGCAACCCGUCGUCCAUACUGCAGCGACUGCUUCAUGGUGCCCGCGGCAAAGGCGAAGAAGAGGACAAGAUGCGGCGGUACAAGCGGAACUGUGCGGUAGGAUGCGACAUUGCGUCGCGGAUCGAUGAGGUGGUUGAUGCCGAGGCGCGGGCAAAGAUGGCCAAGUGGGGUGAUCCUUCUGAUGAUGGCUACGUCUUCUCUGGUGAUGAUGUUGACAAGGCUGAGGAAGAGCUCUCCAAGUGGCUCCGUGUCCUCCGCUCGGCCUGCUAUGAUGAGUGCCACAAGGCAUGUGAAGCCUCGGAGGAGGCAACCAACAAGUGCACCCGUGCCUGCUCUGCCGGCUGCGACAACUUCUUCAACGAUCUCAAGUAAGACUCGCCGCCAUGUACCCGCCAUGUACCCGCCAUGUACCC